AACAAGUGUCCUUGACCCUAGAAUUUCUAUCUCAACGUCCUGAAAAGAGUCGAUAUAAUGUCGCAAACCGAUGAUAAUGGCCCUUCUCUGGAAGAGAAGAAGAAUUGUAAUUGGAAAGAUAUAACAAAGGACUUUUUUGAAUUAUGUCAACAAUUAAAUGUGGGGGAAUUAGUUCACGAUGUUCAUUUUGGUUUAUUCGAAGCUAUGUCGGCUAUCGAGAUGAUGGAUCCGAAAAUGGAUGCUGGAAUGCUUUGUAAUCAAGUUAAGCGUAAAGUGUAUGAUUUUGAUGAAGCUUUGAAAGCCAAUAUCAUAAAAGAUGAUAAUCUGGAAAGUGAAGAACUAAUCGGUAUUAUUGAUUCAACGUACGCCUGUGUGGUAACUUGGUUAGAAGGGCAUUCUCUAGCCCAAACAGUUUUCACUAAUUUGUAUCUGCAUAACCCAGAGGCUAUAAAAGAUAAAACUUUAAAAUCGUUUUGCACGGCCAUACUCAAGACAGUCGAUUUAAUUAGGGAUCGUAUAAACAAGGCAAGCGUUUUCGAGGAGGAGGAUUUUCAAUCUGUUUCGUAUGGCUUCAAGAUGGCAAGCGAAGUACCCAGUGCCAAAGUUAUUUCUUCUCUUCGGGAAGUGGAAGAUGAGUUUGCAAAGAAAGUUAGGAGUACAAAAGACAAAGGCGAAGACAACGAAACAAGAGCAAAGCAGCACGAACUUUAUAGUGCUAUUUAUUCACGUAUUAAAUUCACUCGUUUUCUAUAUGCAACUCUGUUGGCUUUCUCUAAAGACAAAUGCAGUGGAGUAGAUGAUAUAGAAAAAUAUCUUAAUGGUAUUCUUGAUGUUUUACUGUCUAUGCAAAGCACUAUACACUUAGGAAUUAAGCCGGAGGAAAGAGAAUGUGGUUUACACGAUUACCCAACGAUUAUGGGGUUUGAACCUUUAGUUAAUCAAAGAUUGUUACCUUCAACAUUUCCGAGAUACGCAAAAAUUACGUCGAUCGAAGAUACUAUGAAAUAUCUGUCGGAUAUGUGUACGAGAUUCAAGUUUAUAACUGGUGUAACAAAAUGCACCUUUCUUCAUCAAGCCAUGGAUUUUUUCGAAGACUUUAGCAAAUUGUCUCCUUGUGUCCUAUCUAGGUCACUUUUACACUUACUAGUAUUUCCAAUCAAUCGAAGAUUCUUUGGAAACGAACCUCUUGUUGAUGUUGUUAGGGAUACGAUUCGGAACUUUAUAGCACCACCAGCCCUAGUCCCUAAAUCAAGUAUAGGUAGCAAUCCAGAUGCAAGAGCAUACUGUGAUGCUUUUCUGCAGAGAGCAGCUAAUACUAUAUUACAGCUUGUUAAUAUAUCUGGUCAAAAUAGAGCCAGGCAACGUGAGAAGUUAGCGCAUAUAUUCGAAGAGCUGGCUAACUUGGAAGCUGAAGCCGAUAAACUAGACACCUAUUUACAUAGAUUACUAAUGAAAAAUUCGCAGGGACAAACUGUUGUUUGUUUUGUGACUUGGGUUUUAUAUCAUGUCCUAAAAGCAAUGUUUAAUUAUUUAUAUCUUGGUUUUGAAUUGGAAUUAUAUUCUCCUCAAGAAUAUUAUUAUAUUUAUUGGUAUAUCAGUGAGUUACACUGCUCCUGGUGGAUUCCUACUCUUUCCAGAGCAGAUAAUUUUCUAAUGGAAAGUGAAGCUAUGAUUGAAACUCAAAGUGGCAAAAGUGCUAAAAAAGUGAGAAGACAACAGAAGAAAAAGGGUAAACCUCAUGCUAAAGAAGUUCAUACAGCUCAAAUUCAUCAAAUGCUAUGCAAUGCAUUUUUGAAAGCAUUACUUGGGUUUAUAAGGGCGAAAAAAUUAGAGCUGGCUGACGGAUCUUCUAUAGCUUUUGAUAGUGAAGAAGUUCGAUUCAGAAGGAGAUUUGCACCUUUCCAAGUUUUGAGCAGUCCACAGCCAAUGGCUUAUUGUCAUUUUACAGACACAAUCGAUUUGCAAAGAUAUAAACCUGUGCCCGAACCUGAACAUCUCUUUCAAGCCGCUUGCAAAGGCUUUCAACACGCUAAAGCUUUAAUCGAACAACCUCCUAGCAACCAAACCGAACAAGCUACGGCUUUAUUACGAAUUUGUAAAUAUAACAUUGUUGCCAUGAGCGUUCUUUCUACAGGCAAAAAGGAGUAUGAACGCCCUUUGUUUGACUUUACUGUACAUAAACACUAUCCCAUCAUUACAUUAAAGAACUAA